AUGGAUGCUUGGUCAAUGCCGGCCAAGCCGGCGCAGAACACAUCCAAGGUUCCAACGGGGUUGUCCGCGCCUCACGGAUCUAGUCCCUCCACAUAUGAAGAACCAAGCUCUGGGGUUGAAUCUUCAGCACGCCGACGCCUGCAGAAAGCCGCAUCGACUAACUUUCACAUGAAUCCCUCAAACUUUGAGCAGCAGUCCCCAAGAGGCAUCGCUGGCAUGCGCUCAGGGGAUGUCGGUGGGAGAAGGCUGUCAAUCAAAGGGCCCAAGGUCCCUCAAGGACCUCGACCACAAGAUUCCCCGCGCGUCAGUGCCCAUCCUGCGACUGGAUUCCAUUCAGAACCAUUUCCUACCAGUGUUACGCAGGGUUCCUCGAAGGGUUUGAACAAUCGGUCCGUCAGUAUUGGGAACCUUGCCCGGGUGGACGCAUGUCAUCAAGCCACAGCUACCGAGCGAGGCGACUUUCUGUCACCAAUCAGCUUUGACGACUUUCACAACAGCCUAAUGGCUGAGCCAAGUCUUAACCGAUUCCCUAUGCCCGGAAGUGCAACAGUCGGAUCCGAGAGCAAAGAAACCGAUAUUUCUGGGAAAGCCUCGUGGAUUCAACAGAGCUAUGACAGCUCGGCCUCGGAGCGGACAAGGGGACCAACGUCUCGGCGGAAGAGCGAGGUCAAUCGCUUCAAUGGCCAACCCCCUACGAGCUCAGCAACAUCGACAGCCUUCAUGGGCACCCGGACACGUCGCCAAAGUCUUGCUCAGAAUGCAGCCGGGACCGCCUCAGGUGCGCGCAGCUCCCGCAAGUCCAUCAGCUCAGGUGCUGCCGCUCCCACAAACGCCUCGACUCGACGCGCCAGCCUCAGUGCUCGAAAGGCUAGCGUGGACACGUCGCGAUUAGACGCAAACAAUGCCCUCCGCGCAAGAGCUCAAAAUAUGGAACAAGGUCACGAUGAUGCCAAGGUUUCAUCAGCGAUGCGAAGUCUCAAAGCAAAGUCUUUCCAGCCAUCCCCUCGCGAGCCUCGAAGCACCUUUUUGACCACAAAUCCCGCUUCGGAUCACACACGCUCAUCUUCAACAAAUGCGGUCCGUACACCGGUCAAGAGCACCCCCAGUGGAGACACGACUGGUGACGGUGCGGCUGCACACACGACACCUUCCUCAUCUUCCAAACGCAUGUCUACAAUGCCUCAUGCGACUGGCUUGGGUGCCCGAACCAUAAGUCCAACUGACGCUCGUCGAAUGAAACGCAUGUCGGUCGCACCAAAUGCUCCUCCGAUGCCACAUACGCCGCCUAUGCAAACGGAGCCUCUGCCCACGAGACCAGUAUCAACAAACCAAUCUCCCUCCUUAAUUCCGAGGAAGAGCGUCACCCCUUCUUCAACUCGGACGACACCUGAUCCGAAUCGCAAGUCGUACAGCUCGGGACUUUCUCUAUCCUCCAGCACCAGCUACAAUUCUAUCCGCAAUUCUAGCAAUUCGCUCCAACCUCGUCUCUCUCAAAAUUUCUCAUCCUCGCGACUACCGACACCCAAACCUCGAACGGAGCAGACUGCAAAGGAAUCCGGUGAAGAGGUACCCCCUGUUCCAGCAAUUCCAAAGGCAUAUGAAUCCCCCAAGAGUGAACUUGAUGCGCCGGUGUUUCCUGCACCGCGGAAGUCAAGUUUACCAAUGGAUGGGAAUACUGCUAUUGCACCGCAAAGCGAGGAUUCCACUACUGCCGUCAUUCAUGAUGACAAAACCGAUGGUCAACGUACCCGUGCCACCAAGACGCCCGAGUCAAGGGUACGAAACACCACUAUGCUGGGUCGGAAGGGACUGCAGCCCUUGAAGCUACCACCUCUGAAUCUGCUUCCACUGGGCACACCUAUGACCACCAAAAUUGAGGCGCUGAGAGACCGGGAAGCUGAUGAACGCGGAACUCGAACUCCCCUAGACCAGAUCAUGUCAAAGACCCCAAGUACUCCCAUGACAGCUUCCAAGGCAAACUUCUGGCAGCGUGAAGAAGAUGAGAGGGUUCCUGCCACGCAGAUUCGCAGCAGUACUUCCCACUUUGGUCUUAGCUCAAUUUCAUCGGAUGCUUUGCGCACGUCCAGCAGUACCGGAGGGUUCGGGGCAGCAGACACGCCAAACAUAGCCCGAAAUAUCUCGCCUUAUGCGUCAUCCACCCUCCCGAAGCCCAGCUCUGAUUUCAACUCUCUUCAUCAGCAAGCCAACAACGACUACACCGACCAAGUUUCACAGCCAUACAAGCUCAACGGGCCCCGGCCACAAACACAGAGUGCCAUCUUCAGCCCUUCAUCCGAGACUCUUACCCAGAUAUCCACACCGUCCGAGCCUGAGUCUACCGCUGUGGGGACCAAUUCUUUGAAAGACAAACUAAGUGUUGCUCGUCUGCGACGCAACUCUAAAGCUCAACUUUCGUCCGAAGCGGAUGGCGACCGUCUCAAGUAUGACAACAUGCCCCCGCCGAAGCUGCCGGCAUCUGCGACGUGGAACAACCUUUCGUCUGUGAACUCAAGCAGUCCCGUCGCGAAAGCACCGUACCUCAAGCCCCGCCGGCAGUCUUCUGUCUCGAGCAUCACCAAACAGACGUCUCCUCGCAAGCCGAGCGUCAGCAGCGACCGCAGUCUGACCCUCGAGCACAGUACCACGAAUGAGUCCACAGGCAGCGAUCAUUCACAGGUGCGCGCAAGUAGCUACAUCUCUCCAGUUCACAGAAUCAUCAGCUCUGCUCGAUCAAGCACCGUCAUUCAUGCACGCCCUGCGGACCACGGAGUUGAUGCAGACAUUGCUGUAGCAGACGAAGAGAUGAGGCGCUUAGGUGCGAAGCGGAAAGACUUCGAAAUCGCCGCAAAAAAACUUGACGAUUUACGCCGCAAAGCCGGGCCGAAGGAUCGCGUCAGCCCUGCGCAGGCGCUCAAGAUGGCCAAUUUGAAUAUCUUUGAGCGUGGUGAGAUUAUCGACUACCGUGAUGUCUUUUUUUGCGGCACUCAGAAUGCGAAGAAGCAUGUGGGGGACUUGCACUCCGCCACGGCAAACUUUGGGUAUGACGAUGAUCGUGGAGACUACAACAUUGUCAUCGGAGAUCACCUCGCCUAUCGGUAUGAGGUGGUCGAUGUUCUCGGAAAGGGAAGUUUCGGGCAAGUCGUGCGUUGUGUUGAUCACAAGACGGGUGCGCUGGUUGCAGUCAAAAUUAUUCGCAACAAAAAACGAUUCCAUCAGCAAGCUCUCAUCGAGGUGAAUCUCCUGAAAAAGUUGAAGGAGUGGGACUCUGAGCGUCGACACAGCGUGGUCGCUUUUGACCAAAGCUUCUACUUCCGUGGACACCUGUGCAUCUCAACUGAAUUAUUGGGCAUGAAUCUUUACGAAUUCAUCAAGGCACACGAUUUCCACGGGUUCUCGCUCAAGCUCAUUCGGCGCUUCACCAAGCAGAUGCUCGGUAGCCUGGUGUUGCUGCAUGCCAAGAAAGUUAUUCACUGUGACCUGAAACCCGAGAACAUCCUCCUUGUGCACCCAUUGAAUUCCGAAAUUCGAGUCAUCGAUUUUGGCUCGAGCUGUUUUGAAAAUGAGAAGGUUUACACUUAUAUCCAAAGUCGUUUCUAUCGCUCCCCCGAAGUCAUUCUGGGAAUGUCAUACGGCAUGCCUAUCGACAUGUGGAGCCUUGGGUGUAUUCUGGCCGAAUUGCUCACAGGCUAUCCCAUCUUUCCGGGUGAAAACGAACAGGAACAGCUCGCCUGCAUUAUGGAAGUCUUCGGUCCACCCGAGAAGCAUCUGAUUGAGAAGAGCACUCGCAAGAAGCUGUUCUUCGAUUCACUUGGCAAACCGCGCCUGACAGUGUCAUCCAAGGGUCGACGCCGUCGUCCCAGCUCCAAGGAUCUCCGGCAGGUUCUCAAGUGUGACGAUGAUGCUUUCCUGGACUUCAUCUCCCGCUGUCUCCGCUGGGACCCCGCUCGUCGGCUUAGUCCCCACGAUGCUUUGAAGCACGAGUUUAUUACCGGCGUGAAGGCCCCUUCACGACCCCGUGUGUAUGCCACCGCGACCCCCUCCAAGCGAGGCGUGUCGGCCUCGAGUGCUCGUCCCCUCCCUGAGCCCCCCAGUGGGACCCUGAAGAAUCUCCGCACUCGCGAUGCUUCCGGCACUUCCCCCGUGAAAGGUAUGAACGGGAAGCGACACUCGACUGUGACCGGUCUACCCCCCAGCAGCCCUGCCAAACGCGGCUCGACUCUCUCAACUAUCUCGGGCACUGGUUUGCCCCGUGCCUCGGCACGCAGUAUAAGCGGAAAGCCAGACCUCGCGACAGCGGCGGCGGCUACCAGCCUGAGAAGCAAGUAA